AUGGGCUGGUUCUGGGGAAGCAACAACAACAGCGAGAGCAAGGAUGCGCUGAAGAAUCUGGAUCCGUCGCUCCGAGAAUUUCUGGACAAGGAGUCGAAGACGCGCCAACAGCAACAGCAGCAGCAACCAACACAACUACCACAAGACACUCCUUCAUAUCGCUCACAAAUUGGCAUCGCUGAAGACCCAUCGCAACCCACACAACCUCAGACAAACGCGAAUGCUGCACCGCCACAAUCACUAUAUCAAGAUGGCAGAUAUGCCCACUUGUGGAAAAACUAUCGCCCACAAGAAGAAAUCGAACAAGCCAGCCGCAGCGAAAGCGAACAACUAGCCGAUGUCAUUGACACAUACAACGACCGCAAAGCCAGAGUCGCGCGAGCAGCACUCGAGAACUGCGCAUUGGAACAAUGGGCCGAGCACGAAUGUUUCGAGGCAGGCGGCAUCAGGGCAAAACUUUAUCUAUGCAAGGAGGAGACUCGGUCGUUCAACCGCUGCUACAGCAUGCAAGCUCGGUUCCUCAAGGCUUUGGGGUAUAUGAGUAUGCAGCGUACAGCCGACGAGGAAGAGCGCAUUCAGAUGCAUGCAGACAAACUCUACCAUGAGAUGCUGGAUCGCGAAAAGGCUAUGAAAGAGGCAGAGGAAAACAAAUUGCCUGUACCAGAGUACAAGCCACUCAUCACAAGCACAUCGACUACAGAAGCUCUGGGCUCGAAACAAGCAGCUCCUCAAAUACAGAGCACAAGAGAAGGUCUAGAUAUGUACACGGGAGAGAAGCGCAAAGCUAUCGAGCAGUCUCUAGCAGACAAGACGGGAUCUGAGCGUCAACUGGAGAUUGAGCUUAUGGCUGCUGAAGCAAGAGCAAAUGCAGAGUAUGCUGCUGUUGUGCACGAACACUACGAGGCAGAAAAGAAGGUACGAGAAAGCAGGAGAGAACGUGGUAGGGAGACUGUUGGAGACACCAUCAAGAGAGCUUGGGGCUGGGACUCGAAAUAG